AUGAAACAAUACGAUCUUCGACCAGAUCGUCCUAAAACAGGAGAUGGUUUUUUUAAAAGAAUCCAUUUAGGACUGCAUGAUGACGAUGAUGUAUACGAUAACAUAAAACAUAGAGGUCCACCUAAAACUCGUUGGCUACGAGCAAUAGCCGCCCAUCUUCAACAAGCUAUAGUGCGAGCUACAUUUGAUGGGGCGAGAGGAGAAAAACGAACAGGAAAAGUUUCACUAUCCAAUGCUGCAACAAUAACUGCUUUAAAGAGCAUUGAUUUACAAACCACUUUUAUCAAAGGUGAUUUUGCCAAAAAGGCGAAUCGACUUGAAUUUAAACUAGUCGAAAAGAAAGCUCAUUAUUUCGAUGGUCAAAAUAAACCUCGAGAAACAGCAGUAGCUUAUUAUCUAUCUUUUCGCCUUCUUAAAGAAACUCCACAGCUACGUACUGUCAUAUAA